AUGUCUAUACAGAUCACAAAAGCGUAUACUGACUUCAUCUACAGCAACAAAGCAGAUCUCAAGCUGCUCGAGGAAAUGGGAGUAACACCCAAGACCAAGACGAGAGAACAAAAGCCAAGUCUUCGAUCAGUGGCAUACAUGGUCAUGGCUACUGUACGUAUGCGCAAGAUGCAGGAAGCGUGGGCAGGCAACAAAAAGUUGCACGAGACGUUGAUGAAGAAGUUGGAUGGCAUGAGACGGAAGCAAGGCAAGACGCCGCUACGAUGA